AUGUCCCAAGUCAUCGUCGUCACUGGUGCUUCCAGCGGUUUCGGCAAUAUGUCCGCCAAAGCCCUCGCUAAAGCCGGUCAUAUAGUAUACGCUGGCAUGCGUGAUCCCUCCCCCAGCAACGCCUCCGUCCAAGACAUCGAAUCCUUUGUCGAAAAGGAAAAGGUCGACAUGCGCCCUGUGGCCUUGAACGUCAUUAGUGAAGAGUCCCUUACGAAUGGCAUCGACAAGGUCUUGAAAGAAGCGGGCAAAAUCGACGUUUUGAUCCAUAAUGCCGGCCACAUGAGCUUUGGACCUAGCGAGGCUUUUACCCCGGAGCAGCUAAUGUCCGAAUACGAUGUGAACUGCGUCGGGACCCACCGUCUCAAUCGCGUUAUGCUUCCUCACAUGCGCAAAGCGGGCAAAGGCUUGCUCGUCUGGGUCGGCUCAAGCAGCGCCCGAGGCGGUGUCCCGCCCUAUCUUGGCCCCUAUCUCGCAGCCAAGGCCGGCAUGGAUGCGCUUGCUGUCUGCUAUGCAGGCGAGCUGACUCUCUGGGGCAUCGAAACCUCCAUCAUCGUGCCAGGAGCUUGA